AUGAGCCGUACAUUGCCUGCACGGCAGGCUGAGGAACUGCAUAAGUCCAUCAUAGCAUACCUCGCGGCCAACAACCUGCACAGCAGCGCGGCAGCCCUCCGUGAGGAGCUGUCGCUUAGCGAGGAUGUAUACGAUGCGGCCACGGCCAAGAAGUACGAGUCGCUACUAGAAAAGAAGUGGACGAGUAUCGUACGAUUACAGAAGAAGAUCAUGGAGCUGGAGACGAGAAACGCAUAUUUACAAUCCGAACUUGACAAUGCCACGCCAACAUCCAUCUCGAAACGAAAUACCGACCCCGCAUCUUGGCUACCACGAACCCCAGCACGACACAGCAUGGAAGGGCACCGUGACACUGUCAAUUGUGUGGCCUUCCACCCCAAAUUCACCUCCCUCGCCUCCGGCUCAGAAGACUGCACAAUCAAAAUCUGGGAUUGGGAGCUCGGCGAGGCGGAGCAGACCGUCAAGGGCCACACCAGGGCCGUGCUGGACCUCGACUACGGCGGGCCCAAGACGGCCAUCCUCCUCGCGUCCUGCAGCUCGGACCUGACCAUCAAGCUCUGGGACCCCGCCGACGGCUAUAAAAACAUCCGAACACUCUCAGGCCACGACCACAGCGUCAGUGCCGUACGGUUCAUACCCUCCGGGUCCGCCGGCGUCUUCUCCUCGGGCAACAUGCUCGUGAGUGCGAGCGGCGACCGGACGCUCAAGAUCUGGGACGCCACGACAGGGUACUGCGUCAAGACGCUGUCCGGCCACUCGGACUGGGUUCGCGACGUCUGCCCCUCGCCCGACGGCAACUACCUCAUCUCAACAAGCGCGGACCACAUGGGCCGGUUAUGGGACCUCACGCUGCCGAACCCGGAAACCAAGGCCACCAUGGUUGGCCACGAGCACGUGGUGCAGUGCUGCGCCUUUGCGCCACCAUCCGCCUACCAGCACCUCGCCGCCAUCGCCGGGCUCAAGAAGCCGCCGCCGACGUCCAGCCCCGCCGAGUUCAUGGCCACGGGCUCGCGCGACAAGACGAUCCGGCUAUGGGACUCGCGCGGCACUUGCCUCAAAGUGCUCGUCGGCCACGACAACUGGAUCAACGCGCUCGUCUUCCACCCGAGCGGCAAGUACCUGCUCUCCGCCGCCGACGACAAGUCGAUACGCUGCUGGGACCUCGCCCAAGAGGCCAAGUGCGUCAAGACGCUGGCCGACGCGCACGAGCGCUUCGUCAAGUGCCUGCGGUGGGCGCCCAGCAUCGCCAAGGAUGGCGCAGCGACGACAGCCGUGACGAACGGAGGGGGCCACGGUGAGGCGGGGGGCGAGGUCGGCGCUAUCAAGAAGCUCGAAGCGGACAACGCGCACAUUCGCUGCGUCAUUGCCACGGGCGGCGUCGACCAGAUGGUCAAGGUGUGGGCAAACUAG